GAGCAUAGACUAUAGUAAAAUAUGAACCCAACUGACAUCGUUCCACAUUAAAUUCUAUUUUGUAUUUUUCAAUUUACUUUUAAACUGCUGCAAACAUGGGUGCAGAAGAUGAUAAUGCCUUUAGAGGUUUUUUUAGCGCUUUGUAUAGAACUGUAGAUUCCCCAGUUACAUGGUUUAGAGAAAAGGUAGUCGAGCCCAACCAGAAAAAAUACCCUUGGUAUCAUCAGCAGUUUCGUCGCGUACCAACAAUUGAUCAAUGUUAUAGCGAUGAUGCAGUCUGCGACUUCGAAGCAAACGCGCAAUUCAAACGAGACAGGAUGGUGGAUUCUGAAAUUUUGAACAUUCUUCGUAUGAGAUUUGAAGACUGCAUGAUCUAUGAAGCCCCUGACCAUCUUACCAAGUGCAAACCACUUUGGGACAAAUACAAGGAUGCUGAAGAAGCCUGGUUCAUUAAAUAUGGUGAUUUGGGAGCAUUUGGUGAUGCUCGUAAAGCUUACAUGAAACAAAAACACCGCAUGAUUUGGGAGAAGCGUCAUGGACCUCUGUCUGAACAGACAAAGUGAUAUAACAAAUAUAUACUAAGUAGGAAUGUAAUAUUGUGAUUGCAUUAAUAAAUUAUUAAAGUGAAA